CGACGGCAUGGCUCCUCUCAGGCUUUUCUCUGGUGAAAUCACAUCACUGGCUGCGUAGAACAUUUUGCGCACUCGAGUUUGCGCCUCUGAUGGUGCGUUUGGCAUCGGUGGCUCAUUGUUCGAGUUUUCAAUCUGACAGCUCUGCUUUCCGGUACUAGUUCUGUAAAGAAAUCAAAUCAAGUUGUAAGUGUAACACGUUAUUGUGCAUUAGUUUUAGCAUCGCGAUGGGGAUAUUGGAAAAGAUCUCGGAAAUCGAGAAGGAAAUCGCGCGAACGCAGAAAAAUAAAGCUACCGAAUACCAUUUGGGUUUACUAAAAGCAAAACUUGCUAAGUAUAGAUCGCAACUUUUGGAACCGGCAAAAAAAUCUGAGAAAGGUGAAGGUUUUGAUGUAUUAAAGUCGGGAGAUGCCAGAGUCGCACUGAUCGGUUUCCCAUCAGUUGGAAAAUCCACUCUACUCAGUACCUUAACAGCUACCCAGUCAGAGGCUGCAUCCUAUGAAUUUACUACUCUGACAUGCAUUCCUGGUGUUAUUGAAUACAAAGAUGCUAAUAUACAAUUAUUGGAUUUGCCUGGUAUAAUUGAAGGAGCAGCACAAGGAAAAGGACGAGGUAGACAAGUUAUAGCUGUUGCUAGAACAGCUGACUUGGUCCUCAUGAUGUUGGAUGCAACUAAACAAGAUGUUCAACGACAGCUCUUGGAAAAGGAAUUAGAAUCAGUUGGAAUAAGGUUGAAUAAGAAGAAGCCUAAUAUAUAUUUCAAAAUAAAAAAAGGCGGUGGAUUGGCUUUCAACUCGACAUGUCCUCUAACUAAAGUAGAUGAGAAAUUAGUUCAAAUGAUUCUGCACGAAUAUAAAAUUUUUAAUGCAGAAGUGCUAUUUCGCGAGGAUUGCAGUGCGGAUGAAUUGAUUGAUGUUAUCAAUGCAAACAGGGUAUAUUUGCCUUGUCUUUAUGUAUAUAAUAAAAUAGAUCAAAUAUCGAUAGAAGAAGUUGACCGAAUUGCCAGGCAACCAAAUAGCGUCGUAGUUAGUUGUAAUAUGAAGUUAAAUCUUGACUUCCUUUUGGAAACACUAUGGGAAUACUUAUCUUUGAUAAGAGUAUACACAAAAAAGCCUGGACAACCCCCUGAUUUCGAUGAUGGUUUAAUAUUGAGGAAAGGGGUAACUGUAGAACACGUGUGUCACGCAAUUCAUCGCACACUCGCUCAACAGUUCAAAUAUGCCCUUGUGUGGGGUACAAGUACGAAAUAUUCACCUCAAAGAGUAGGACUGCAGCAUGUGAUGCAUGAUGAGGAUGUCGUGCAGAUAAUGAAAAAAUGAAUAUGAAACUUGCAAGACAUUUGGUACAAAAGUGUGGAUAGCAAUAUAAAGCCUUAUUUAGUCUUCUAUAUGUAUAUAUAUAUAUAUGCAUUGUAUUGUAUUCUAUUCCAUUAUAUUGCAUAUGUAUAAACUUACAUAUAUACAUGUGCACAUUUAUAAAUGACAAAAAAGUGUUAGCAAGCUACUACUAUCAACAAAUUGUCAAAUUUAACGGUUUUAGAUUGAGCAUAAUACGUUAAAUUACAUAUUUUCAAAAAUUUGUCUGCAGAGAUAAUAAAAUUUAUGAAGAUAAAUUAAA